UUACGUGCGAUGUACAAGACAAAGCAGGACGCCGCUUUCAAAGUUAUGCUUUAACUUUAAGUUAAUCAGUGGAAAUCAAUUGUUUGCCAUUGGCGCGAAUUAUUGACAAAUUUCUAAAAUUUAGACAAUAUUUUAAACUGACGACCCAAAAACCAGUAGCCAAAAUAAGCAGUUCAAAGGACGUCAACAUGCCACCAAAAUGUAAAUUUCAGGAAGGAGAGAAAGUUCUGUGCUUUCAUGGACCUUUAAUUUACGAAGCAAAAUGUCUAAAAUCCUCAGUUACCAAAGAAAAACAGAUCAAGUACUUUAUUCAUUAUGCUGGAUGGAAUAAAAAUUGGGAUGAGUGGGUGCCGGAAAGUAGAGUUCUGAAAUACAAUGAAGCCAAUGUGCAAAGACAAAGAGAGGUCCAGAGAGCUCAUUCUAAUCAACAAUCUACACAGAAAAACAAGAAAGGCAAUACAUCUUCUAAAACUCAAGGACGUAGAAGUGAAGGUGGACGUGAAAAAGAUACGGAUAGUAGAGCUAGUACUCCUGUUGCCACAGUUGAGAAAAGUGUUAGUCGUUUUAGCAAAGGUACCACUAGCUCUGUCACUCCAUCGUCCUCUCAUGAUUCUACUUCGGAUGCCCCGCGUAAAAAACGCAGCCGUUUAGAACCAUCCGGUGAAACCGAAGAGUAUCUCACCAAGGUGGAAGUUAAAAUUAAAAUCCCAGAAGAAUUGAAAUUUGUACUUAUAGAUGAAUCAGAAGUUAUAUUAAAACAUCAUAAAUUACCUGCUUUACCUGUGAAAAAUACAGUGGACAAAAUUCUAGAUGAUUAUGUUGAAUCAAAAUCAUUAGGAAAAACUGAUUCUGUCAGGGAAAGUAUAUUAGAAAUAACUAAAGGUAUUCGUGAAUACUUCAAUAUAUCCUUAGGUCUGCAGUUAUUAUACAAGUGGGAACGUCCACAAUUUAUUCAGAUUAUGAAUGAUAAUCCAGAAACACUGCCCAGCCAAUUAUAUGGUGCAUUCCAUUUACUUAGGCUCUUUGUGAGACUCGGCGGAAUGUUAUCGUAUACGACAUUAGAUGAAAGAAGCAUACAGCUGCUAUUAUCACAUUUUCACGAUUUUUUACAAUACUUACAAAAAAAUAAUACCGAACUUUUCAAUCUUCAGCAGGAUUACGCAGAUUCACCGCCAGAUUAUCACAGGAAAUAUGCCUAAGUUAGUAUGAUCUGAUGGAUAUUUUUAAUUAAUCGAAGCAAUAUAUUACCACGUUUUUAUCAAGAAUAUUUCGUAUGGCAGUUGGAAUGAUUGUUUAAAAAACAUACACAUUGACACUGUUGUAUCAUAAUUAAUUUGUUAUACAAAUAAUUAGGUAAUUGUACAAAUUUAGUACCUUUACGAAUGGUGUGUUAAAUACUAUUCAAUGAUUUUCUGAAUUAUGAGAUUAAUUUUUUAGUUGACUAAUUGUACAGAAAAAAAAUAUACUCCAUACACUUUAGUUUAGACGAAAAUAUUAAUGUCUUUUAUUUAUUGUAAAUAUAAUGUAUUAUAACUUUAUUACCCAAUUAUAAUUUUACACAUA